ACUAAUCAUCGAUCUAUCAUUGAACAUUUAAGCCACGCAGGAUUGCCUUCAAAACGGCGUACUAAUCCGCUCUCACAAACUCAAAGCUAGUCUUGAGAUAAUCCAUGGAGAAGAAGAACGUCGUCCUGUACCCCGGCCUCGCCGUGAGCCACUUCGUCCCCAUGAUGCACCUCGCCGACGCGCUCCUGGCGCGCGGGUACGCCAUCACCGUCGCGCUCAUCGACCCCGCGGUCAACCCAGACGCCGGCUUCGCCGCCGCCGUCGCCCGCGCCGCCGCCUCCAUGCCGUCCGUCCGCUUCCACACGCUCCCGCGCGCCGAGGACGCGCCGGCGCUGAUCCCCGACGCGCAGUUCAUCCUCAGGUACCUCGACAUCGUGGGCCGCCACAACGACCGCCUCCACGACCUCCUCCGCUCCAUGCGCGUGCACGCGCUGAUCGUCGACUCGCUGUCCACCGAAGCACAGGGCGUCGCCGAGAGGCUCGGGAUCCCCGACUACGUCCUGUUCACCUCCAGCGCCGCCUCCCUCGCCGCCUUCGCCCAGCUUCCUUAUGUCCUUACGCAGGGCGGGACAAGCUUCAAGGAGCGGGGAGACGCCCCUGUUGAGUUCUUUGGCCUCACACCGAUUCCUGCUUCCCACCUGUUCGGCGAAAUGCUCGAGGAUCCGGAGAGCGACAUAUACAAGGUGACGAUGAGCUUGUUGUGCCGUGUCCCAAAGGCCAGUGGCAUCCUGGUGAACACCUUCGAGUCGUUGGAAGCUCCGGCUGUGGUUGCUCUCCGGGACCCUCGAUGCGUCCCCGGCCAGGUCAUGCCUCCGGUAUACUGCAUCGGGCCAUUUGUUGGUGGUAUAGGCGGCGCAAAAGAUCGGCAUGAGUGCCUUGCCUGGUUAGACGGGCAACCGGACCACAGCGUCGUGUUCCUCUGCUUCGGGAGCGCUGGAAACCACUCCCAGGAGCAACUCAAGGAGAUCGCCGUCGGCCUGGAGAACUCUGGCCACCGAUUCCUGUGGGUCGUGCGAGCCCCUGCCGGUGACAAACCGGAGAAGCCGUUCGACGCCCUUGCCGAUCCAGAUAUCGAUACUUUCCUGCCAGACGGGUUCUUGGAGCGCACCAACGGCCGUGGCCUCGUCGUCAAGCAGUGGGCGCCUCAGGUCGACGUGCUCCACCACAAGGCGACCGGCGCAUUCAUUACGCACUGCGGGUGGAACUCGGUGCUGGAGGCCCUCACGGCUGGCGUGCCGAUGCUGUGCUGGCCGCUCUACUCGGAGCAGAAGAUGAACAAGCUACUCAUGGUGCAGGAGAUGAAGGUGGCCGUGGAGAUGGUCGGGUGGCAACAGGGGCUGGUGAAGGCCGGCGAGGUGGAAGGCAAGGUGAGGCUGGUCAUGGAGUCCGAGGAGGGCGGGGAGCUCAGGGCCCAUGCUGCGGCUCACAAAGAAGGCGCUGCCGCGGCCUGGAACGACGGCGGCUCGUCGCUCACGGCGUUCAACCAGUUCUUGUCAGACGUGGAAGUGAUAAAAAAACGUGAAGCAUGAGCGUUGGCAAGCCGUGUGACGUUCUUCCGACGAUCGAGUCUGCUCCAGCUUUGAAACACUUCUUGCAUGUGUGUAAUUUCGAGUCAUUUGUUCAAACAAUCGACGGCCUGUUAUAGCUACCAGAAAAAAAAGCAGAAGAGUAGCUGAUGGCCGGAUUGCUGUUCAUAAGGCAGACGAACUGGAAAAUUUGGAGAUCCUGUGAGGAUUUGGAAAUACAGAAAUAAUAUUGUGCUUGGUGGUGGUGGUUGAAUGAUCAAAUAUUAAACAGGGA